CUGCAUCGGAGCACGGUGCAUUGCUGAGCCGCUCUCGCCGGAGGAGUCGCCGCCGCCGCCGACGACGACGACGGAGGGAGCGAUCAUCGCUCCGCUGCCCGGUCGGGGAACGAUGCUGGACGGCUUGCUCGGCCGCGGCUUUACCGCCAAGUGUAAAUCGCUGAUCAAGCUGACGAGAUCGAGGAUCGAUGUCAUACGGAGGAAGAGGCAGGCGACGCAGAAGUUCCUGAAGAAGGAUAUGGCCGAUCUCCUCGCUAACGGCCUCGAUGUCAACGCUUACGGACGGGCUGAAGGGCUUCUGGUUGAAUUGACGCUCUCGUCAUGUUACGAUUUCGUCGAGCUGUGCUGCGAGUUCUUGCUGAAGCACAUGUCGACAAUGCAAAAACAGAGUGAAUGCCCAGAGGAAUGUCGAGAGGCCGUAUCCUCCCUGAUGUUUGCUGCUGCAAGAUUUUCUGAUUUGCCAGAGUUGCGUGACCUUAGGAAGAUUUUCCAAGAGAGAUACGGAAAUUCCUUGGACUGUUUCAUAAAUCAAGAGUUUUCCAAUAAAUUAGCUGGAAUCCCUUCUACUCUGGAAAAGAAAGUUAAGCUAAUGCACGACAUAGCAUCAGAGUUUUCGAUACGGUGGGAUUCAAGGGCUUUUGAACAGAGAAUGUCCAGAACCUCUUCAACUGUCCAGGAACAGCCAAAAGAUCACGGACUUUCCAAUGCCACUGAUUACUCUAAAUUAACGAAUGCCAAGUAUAUACCUUUAAAAGGAGAGAAUCUGAAUUUCCCCCAAAAGCAAAGUUUUGAAGAAGUGGAUGAAGGGCAGAGAUACCGCAAUAACAUGGAAGCCAGUGGCUUUAGAAGAAAUGGCCUCAAUCCUCAACCAAAGCUUGAAUCAACCGGCAACAAGCGGAAUGCGUUUGAGGACGUUGUCAUCUCGAGGAAAGAUGAUCAUGAUACCCAACAAGGAAGGACUGGUCUUCCCUCUUAUAAAACCGAGGAGGGUACUAUCUUGAAAGCUUCAUCUCAUGAAAGACGACACAAGGAUGCUAAUGGUACUCCACGAGGAAGGCUUGGCCACAGCUCUUAUAAAAUCGAGGAGGAUAGUAGCCUGAAACCAAUAAACUCAGGUGCUUCAUCUCAUGAAAGAGCAUAUAAAGACACUGAUGGUGGAUUGAAGCACCAGAACAGAAGGGAGAGAACUGUCCCAGAAAGGGAGCACAGGGAUGGUUCACUUCACCGGAAACAAGGCACGCUGCCUAAUUCUGCUGGAACCUACAUGAAGACAGAUGUUAGGGAUGCCCCAUCUGCUAAUGACGAUAAUGGCAAUGAAGACCGUGCUGCCAACUCAUUGAGAAAGGCCAAGGGAGAAGAGAUAGAUAGGUCAUACUGCAAAAGUCCCCUGCCACCUCCUUAUGUUAAGCCAAAUGUUAAACCCCCGAAGGAUGGCAAGUAUGGAUCCAAAUCGGAGUUUAGUUUUGAAGGCUCGAAAGUGCCUUCAAUACCUAAAAGCGAAAUUCCUGGUCCAUUUAUUCAGAAAGUCCAUUUAGGUUCAUCUUGUCCUGAUGAUGAGAGAAAGGAUGUUGGGCUGGUAAGAGCGACCAGUCAUGGUGAUAAUGAACAGCUCCGUUACCAAGAUAACAUGCCUGGUUAUCCCAUCCCAAAACCAAAAUCAGCAAGGCGGAAACAUUCAAAAUCACGAUCUGCUCAUGACGAGAUUGAUUACGAGGAUGCUCAUACUGGAAGAAGACCAUCAAGAAGUAGGAGAAAAGAUGAUUCGAGACGUGGCCUGCAGAUACUGUUUGAUGAUGAGCGUGACCAGAAAGAUGAGGAGGAAAGGAUCAUUGACAAGCUGUUGAUGCACUACAGUAAGAAACCUUCUGCCCAUGAACCUGGAAAAGUGAGAAGAAGUAGUAGAAGCCGUCGUGCUCAUGGCUCAGGCGCUGAUGUUGGUGGGUCCCCAGUUGAUAGUAGCAGGCCUAAGUACGAUGAGGAUUCGGAAAUCGUUUCACUUCCUCCACGAUCAGUUUCCCUCCCGCGUGAACAAACAACAGCCCCAUUGGCGCCAGCCAAGGUUUUUGCUCGUGCUGCUUCAUUUCAGCCUGACAGGCCCAACCCGGCACGGCACGUGCAUCCAAACUUGCCAGAUUAUGAUGAUUUGGCAGCUCGAAUUGCAGCAUUAAGAGGAAGUUAAGCGGAUCCAUCGGCAGAAUGAUACACUACUGUGACACUGUCCUGGGUUACAUCAGAUCUGCCUGCAUUGCCACCCAGUGUGUUCUACCAUCUCAUGAAGAUAUUAUUAGCAAUUUUACACGCCGAGCACCGUCGAGCAAAGUGCCUCCACAAGAUUGUUUAACACAUCGGAUUGUACUUAGUCUUAGAGCAUUUGCAUUUGCGAGAGGCAAACUCACUUUUCUCCGUAGUGGCCUACCGUUCAGUUAUUCCACGAACCCGAUUGUCGAGGGAAAAUGAUGUUGUGGUAGUGUUUCCUUGGCAUUUCAUGAUAUAGCACUCUGUUCUACUGAUUGAUAUAUACAGGACAGAAGUAGAAUUGAUUGUGCCA